GCUCGAGAGCAAACCAGCGAAUAUCAUUCUGAUACAUGCCACCACACUGACUGGAGUACAAGAGAGCAUCGCACUCGAGUGCGCAGUGCUCCAAGUGCGUCUCAGUUAGAAAAGAGGAAUUUUUUGGCGUUGAGAGGAAAGCAAGCACCUAUUUAUGCAUUGUGUUUUUUCUUCUGAGGAACAUCAUAAACAACUUAUUUUCCCUCGGAAAAAAACAACAGAAAAUUCACCUGGAAGGUGGCAAUUGAUUUUCCUCCAGCUGAAUGAGCAGCGCGCCCUUGUUCGUCUCUGUCCGGUGCGCUGUUGCCUUCUCCUUCCUUUGGAUUUUACAUAAUCGAGUGUAGCCGACCCACUGGAGGUAUGAUGCGGUAAAAGGGAGCUCCAGCCAUUCAGGUGGAUGUCGCUCAGUCACUAUUUUUUUACUUCCCGUGGCCGUGAUUUAUAGCGUAUGAUCGUCUGACCCGGUAAACGGAGGUUUAUCCAGUUGGGUCUCGAUCCCAUGCGAGUUCUCUCAUGCAUUGGGCUGAUCACAACUUUGCGGUCCACUCAGAAGAUCCGCUGGGGCGAAAUUGUAACAAUAACUUCACCGAUAAGCUUUGUACCACACCGUUCGCAGAAUCAGGACAAGGGGAGAGAAGUUUGGGGAGAAUGAGGAGUCGUCGGGUGCGGGGGAAGCAUGAGCGGCUGGUGUAUCACUGUUAGACGGGUGGCUCUGAUGGUUCUAUGGGAGUGUACAGUUCUAAGCCUCCUACAGUGCUGGGUGGUAGGGUCGGCAGCCAGCAGGGCCGGGGCAGGAGCUGGGGCGUCUGCAGAGGCAGGGGGCUCCAGCGACGCCACGGGGCCCUUCGCCUGGCUCCUGUCUGACAAAGGGCCCUUUCAUCACUCCCAGGAGUUUUCUGACUUUACGGAGCGCUACCAGCAAGGAUUCACCACCAAGUACAAGAUAUACAGGGAGUUUGGCCGCUGGAAAGUGAACAGCCUGGCUCUAGAGAGACAGGACAACAAUGGUCUGGCCCUGCCCCUGGACCCAGAGUUCCUCCAGACCAUCAGGCACCUGGGCAGACGGCCCAGCCUCAGCUCCAUUACAGACAGCAUCAUCAGGAAGUACGGAACACACUUCCUGCUCUCAGCCACCCUGGGGGGGGAGGAGUCAUUAAUGAUCUUUGUGGACAAGCGGAGGUUGAGUAGAACGGUGGAGACGAGAGAGGCCAACGGUACAGCCGUGACUCUAGAGGCCCUGCACCAACUGGCUGCCUCUUACUUCAUCGACAGAGAGAGCACGCUGCGCAAGCUGCACCACAUCCAGAUAGCAUCCACAGCCAUUAAGGUGACCGAAACCAGGACGGGCCCUCUUGGAUGCAGUAACUAUGACAACCUGGACUCAGUCAGCUCUGUUCUGGUUCAGAGCCCUGAAAACAAGAUUAAUCUGCAAGGUCUCCAGGCCAUCCUACCAGAGUACCUGAGGGUCAGGUUCGUCCAGGCUGCUCUGAGCUACAUCGGCUGUAACGUGGAGGGUCAGUUUGUGUGCCGAGACAAUGACUGUUGGUGCCGCUGCAGCCCAGGCUUCCCCCAGUGUAAUUGCCCCGAAGUGGACCUGAGGGCCAUGGAGGCCAGCCUACUGCACAUCAGAGACACCUGGAACAUGGCCAACCAGGACUUUGAAGAGUCGGAGGAGUUCCAGAACUUUUUGCGGAGACUCCCGAUGUUCUACGCCCUCAACACAUCUGCCAUCCAGUACUUCUGGAAGAUGGAGCCGGCCAUCCACCAACGCUACAGACAGCUGGAGCUCAGCAGCAGACAGCUCAUUGCCAAAUCCCGACGAAUCGUCAACAAACUCUUCACCCUCAGCAAGAGGUGUCGGACACAGCCGAAAGUCAUUGUGCUGAGAGAGAGGUCCUUCACCUACUGGCUGAACUUUAUCUUGUCCAUCAUGUACUGCAGUGAGAACAACCACAUAGGUUCAUACCUGGAGGAGACAAGGAGCUGCUCUUGCCCUUAUGAACACCCGUCCUGCCAGGGUGUCAUACCCUGCACCAUGGGCGAGGGCUCCUUCUGCGCCUCCUGCUCCUACGACAACCGCUCCCGCUGUGCCACAUGCAAUCCUGGGUACAUGCUCAGCCAGGGGGUCUGCCGCAAUGAGGUGCCGGACUCCACAGACCACUACAUCGGCUUUGAGAUGGACCUGCAGGACCUGGAGCUGAGAUACCUGCUACAGAAGAAAGACAGCCGUAUUGGCAUCCAUGGGCUCUUCGUCAGCAAUGAUGUCCGGCUCAACAACUGGUUUGACCCAUCGUGGAGAAAGAGGAUGCUGCUGACACUGAAGAGCAACAAGUACAAGUCCAACCACGUCCACAUGCUCCUCGGGAUGACCCUGCAGAUCUGCCUUACUAAGAACAGCACCCUGGAGCCAGUGCUGUCUGUCUACAUCAACCCCUUCGGGGGCAGUCACUCUGAGAGCUGGAUCAUGCCUAUACACCAGAACAGCUACCCCGACUGGGAAAGGACUAAACUAGACAUUCCCCUGGACUGUUACAACUGGACGUUGACUUUGGGCAACAAGUGGAAAACAUUUUUUGAAACUGUCCACUUCUACUUGCGGAGCCGGAUCAGUGCUCCGUUGCCCCAAGGGAACGGCUCAGUCUACUACGAACCUUUAGAGUUCCUGGAGCCUGGUAAGAACCUGGGCUACAUGAAAAUAAACAGCAUCCAGGUGUUUGGCUACAGUAUGCACUUUGACCCGGAAGCAAUCCAGGACCUGAUUCUGCAGCUGGACUACCCGUACACUCAGGGAUCGCAGGACUCAGCCCUGCUGCAGUUGCUAGAGAUCAGGGACCGGGUCAACAGACUGUCCCCUCCUGGACCUCAGCUCCUGGACCUCUUUUCCUGCCUGCUGCGCCACCGCCUGAAAUUAUCCACCACAGAUGUUGUCCGAAUACAGGCAGCGUUGCAGAUUUUUUCUGCCAAACAGCCGAACUCCAUGGAAUACGAAACAACCAAAUUAUGUAGCUAAUAAGGGGCCGGAGUCCAACUACACAGAUGCUUGUGCUGCUAUUACACUGACUUGAUUACAGUUAAGAGCAAUUUUGUAAGGCACCGAGGGACAUUUCUUUGUUUUUAUGAUGUUGAGCGCUGUUUAUUGGGAUUCGUGUAAAAUUAUAUAUUUCUGGAAAGUGUGUGUCAUACAAACACAAGGGGGCUUCACCAUGCCCACUUUGCCUUUUUAAAUGAUGAGAAAUUAGAAACAGAGUUGAUUUCUGACCGUGAUGGAUAUAAAAGAUGUAUCAUCACUGAUAUGUUUCCCAUAAAUUGCACAGAUCUCAAUAAUCUGUUAAAAUGUGAAGCUUUUGCUGAUAAUUAAGUGUUAUCUCAAGUGUGUUUGGUUUGACACCAGCAUGGCUUUACUUAGGUCUUUCACUUUGUUAUUGAACACACCAUUUUUUAUUAUCAUACUCUUCUGUUUAAUCCCACUACACCCCAUGUGUCCAGAGCUAAAUGAGAUGCUAAGGAAAUCAAAUGUUCCUUGUUUGUCAUCAGUUUAAAUUCCCACACAGGCUUUUCUAUUUCACAUAUUUGUAAAAUUAGAGUUAUACAAUACUUCAGACAUGCAGAGAUAAAACACCAUACACGCAAUGGCUAGUAUGUUUAUGUUACUUUUAUUUUUUAUAAUGCAGUCGUUUGUGAACAGUUAUGAAACAAUGUCUAUAUGAUGUAUGAAAACAUUCUGAAUUUGCUAAUUCACUAAAUAAAAGUCAUUUUUAUGUGCCAUC